AUGGCCAACACACCUACUGAAGCAUCAUCAUUGCGCGAUGCCGUACCACCACCCCCACCACCACCAGAAAACCCCCAGUCCAAGAUAUCACCAAGCGUUCUCAAAAUGAGAACAAUCGCACCAGAAAGCGUCCUCUUCACACCAAGCCCCAAAUCCCAAGGCCCCGCCCCAGCAGGCCUGUACUUCUUCUACGGCACCCUCCAGCACCCAACCCUCCCUGAAGAACAUCCUCGAUCUCGCCGAGGAGCCAGUCCUCCGCCCCGCCUAUCUUCACGGCUACAAAUGCAAGCUCUGGGGUUCAUACCCCGCCCUCUUACCUGGAAGGCCACUGGACACGGUGCAGGGAUCUGUCUAUGA